GGGACGAAUAAGCCUUUCCCUGCCUUUAUCUCUUCCCCCCUGUCCUCAGCGCCUUGCCAUGCCAGCGCUGCGCACGGGCGCACGACACGUCGCGCCGCGGCCGGCAUGAGUCACCGGGCCGCGCGUCGUUUCCUCGCAGCGCGCCGGCGACACGUCUGAGCCGUCUCGAAGCCUCGAGGAACUUCUCCCUGAACCCAGACCGGCUGUACCUCCUCUCAGUUCUCCCCCGAGUCGCGCCGACCCGCCGUCGAACAUCUCAUAGACAUGGCGGCCCCGCGAGGCGUUUUCCUUCUUCCUCGCGUAACCCUGCAAGUUCCUCGGCCCAGAGCCUUCCUCCUCUCUCUAGAAGCAGCUCCGCGUGUCCCAGCCCAAGCCACGUCGCAGCUUCGAGCUCUCCCACCAUCGCCAUGAACUCAGCUCACGGUGCACCGGCUCCGGGCUAUUUAAGCAGCCCCAUAGCCUCUCCAGCACCUAGCACCACCUCCUCUAUCUCUCAACUUCAUUACAGCACAGCAGCUUGGCCAGCCAAGGUCAUCUCCUUCAAGUUCGGCAAAGAGAGCCGCCGCCACUGCCUCGUCGUUGCCGUCGAACCACAGAGCUUGAAGUUGAGCCCGCACUGUCGGCAUCCUUUCUCUCCCGCCGCCGGCGACGAGCUUCACCACCAAGAGCCGCUCGACCUUGAAGUCCACCACUGGAGGAUGCGCAAGGGUCCACUGGAGCCUCUACACCACUCGCCGCCCGCCUCCGAGCCCUCCAUCGCCGCCGAUCUGGUGGCUGAUUCUAAAAUCCCUUCGCAAAUGGUCACUGAUGUUCAAGGAUCAUAUGCAGGAGAAGGUAAAUUGCUUUCACAGGCACGUUAUUGGUCUCCUCCAGGAGCCAGUACAGCUAUUGUGGAAAUGAACAAGGCGCUCGCUCUUGCAACAACUUCUUCGUUCGCGCCGGCAACUCCUGAGUUGAGCUCCCUGCUAGCUAAUGCACUGUCUGGAGGCUGCUGACAAGAUUCAUUUCUGGUAGGAUACCUGGUUUGGGUCCUCCCCCUGUCUGUCCAAUACUGGGACCUUCAAGAGAGAUAUGUGAUGAACAAAUGGCUAGUCUCGGUUCUCUUUGGGACGGAUCCACCAUUUGACCUGAAUCGCCAUUAUUGAUUUCUUGCUCGGAGCUUUAUGAGGAGAAGUGGAGGAACGAAAACCUGAAGGAAAAAAGAAGAUACAAAUAUGGAAUGGGUUUAGAGAAGCUUGAGGAGAGGAGCCAAAAAUUUAUCAUAGCCUUUUCUCUAUGCUUUUUUUCUAAGAUGAACUUUUUUUUUACAGCAUUUUUAAGAGGAACUUUUCUCUAUGCUGGGGAAGGAACUUUUCUCUAUGCCUUAACUCUUACUUUUCUGCUUGCUGCAGCAGUCUACUUUUGCCACUUUUAUAUAUUGCACAAUGUACUAUGGUUUUAUUAUCAGUAAUGGG